AUGCCCCCUCAGUCAGGAGUCAGUGCGGGAAAGUCAGAGAGUCAGCCAGGGGUCCCCAGGCUUUUCACCUGGGAGGAAGUGGGGCUCUGCACAGGCAAGGGAGAUUUCAAGGAAAAGAGAUGGCUGGUCAUCAACCGAAAAGUUUAUGAUGUUAGUCAGUUCUAUUUGCGGCAUCCAGGUGGGCCUCGUCUCAUCAAACAUUAUUCUGGACAAGAUGCUACGGAUGCCUUUACAGCUUUCCACAAGGAUGAGGAUCUGGUAAAAAAACACUUGAAUUCCCUGUUAAUUGGAGAACUAACACCGGAUCAACCUAGCUGUGAACCCACCAAAAACGAAAUUCUGGUACAUGAUUUUCAUGAAUUACGGACGACAGUGAAGAAGAUGGGACUCUUGAAGUCCAGUGUUCCUUUUUUUGCUUUCAUAUUUCUGCAUGCCUUCUUGCUGGACGUGGCAUCCUGGUUCACCAUCUGGUACUUUGGAAAAUCUUGGUUGCCUUUCCUUAUUGCAGUAGCAAUGUUCACUGUUGCACAGAUCCAAUAUGGUUUCUUUCAACAUGAUCUUGGACAUGUUUCCGUCUUCCAGAAGCCUAAAUGGAACAGAUUGGCUCAUAUUUUUGUGAUGGGAAUCCUUAAGGGUGGGCCAAGGAAUUGGUGGACUGACAUGCAUAACCAACAUCAUGCCAAACCCAACUGUUUCUUGAAGGAUCCUGAUCUCAAUAUGCACCCAUUUCUCUUCACCUUAGGGAAGUCUCUCUCUGUGGAGCUUGGAAAAAAGAAAAAGAAAUACAUGCCUUACCAGCACCAGCACAAAUAUUUUAGCUUAUUGGCCCCCUUAACAUUCGUCGCUUUUGUGCAGCUUAUCAUUUUUCGCUAUGUUAUUCGGAAGAAAAUAUGGAGUGAUCUUGCUCUUAUUUUAUUCUACAAUCUCCGUAUGUGCCUCAUGUUCAUUCCUUUAAUGGGAUUCAAGACCUUCAUGGCAUAUUAUUGGCUUUCCAGGUUCCUAGAAAGCACCUGGUUUCUCUGGGUCUCUCAAAUGAAUCACAUUCCAAUGAACAUCAAUUAUGACCAGAAUCUGGACUGGGUCUCUUCCCAACUCUCAGCAACGUGUAAUGUUGACCAUUCCUGGUUCAAUGACUGGUUCACUGGGCACCUGAACUUCCAGAUUGAGCAUCACCUUUUCCCUACCAUGCCUCGGCACAAUUACUACAAGGUGGCUCCUAUGGUGAAAUCUCUAUGUGCCAAGCAUGGUGUUCACUACGAGUGCAAGCCCAUCCUCACAGCUUUUGCAGAUAUAUUGCACCGCCUGAAGGAAUAUGGGCAGGACUGGCAGAAAGCUUAUCUCCAUGAAUUGGGAGUGGGAGAUGUUCAGGCAGCAAUAGAAAUGCAUUAACCUGGUAAGAAAGGAUGACUUUUAAUUAUGGAGAACUUCUGAUUUUGAUCAACUCUUGGGAUAAUGAAGAAGCAGGAACAAAACCAGAGUCACUUUUGAUAGGUGAUGGAUAGUAUAAAUAAAUAAAUAAAAUUAAAUUAAAAUUAAAAUGGUGGCUCAGUCAUUUCUUUCAUGCCAGCAUGCCUAAUUCUGCCUUACCCCAUUUGCUAAGAUGAAUAACAGAGCUGUUUCCUUUUGGGGAUAUUCAUCCCAUUAUUCUAACUCUUAAUCAUAGUGGAGGACAUGAAAUCUGCCAGGUGAGGCAUUGCUGAGACUCAGAACCCAUCCCAGAGAACAUGUGCCUACCAGGGGCAUCCACAACAGUUGGGGCUGGUGUGAAAACAGUAAAGAUAAUGCUUAUGAUCACAUGCUCUGAUAAUUGCACAGACUUCAGCAUAGGCACUGCUACCAUCAUGCUUUUUUAAAUCCCAUCUUCCCUUGCAUUCACCCCUGCUGAAAAGGGUUGUUGAGAGUUGUAAUUCAGCAUUAGGGGGAGUGGAGAAUAUGGUCUUCUCAGUUUUAUCACUAGUUAACUUCUCAUCUUUUUGUUAUGAGGAGAGGCAGUAUAGCAAAUUGUCUUUCUUAUUGACCAUGCAUUGAUCUUUCAGGGCUUUUCUCAUCAUUACCACAACUUUAUUCUUCUGCCACAUAAAUUUCUUCUCUUCCAACAAAAUUUGUGCUGUUCUAACAAAUGAACCAUUUUCUGCUGAGAAAUAAAGCCUGUAAAUAACUUGCAUGCAAUUGUUGGAUUUUACUGGUUUUCUUCCUUUGUUGUACCAAAUAUCCCUAUCUGGUCAUCAAACAUGGACAAAUCCUUUUCCUUAAGAUGGUCUGGAAUUGAGGAGGCGGAAACAUACAAAGAAAACAGUUUUGACUGGCCUCUAUGAGGAUGGGUUUUUUUUUAGAGCUGCCUGUUUUAUUCAGGGUUUGUUCCAUUCUCACUAGAGUAGUCCCCAUUCUUUCCUUUUCCAAGAAGUUUGAAACAUGAAUACUCAAUGCCUCCCUCUCCAUAUUGUCUCCUUACACUAACACAGUCCAUUUCUCCACACCUAAACCCAAUGAAUGAAAGAAAACCAGGGCACUCUUAAGAAAACCUAAUUAUUUCUGAGACUAUUACUUCCCAUUCUUCCUGUUCUGUAUCAAACCUUUGUGUAGGUUCAAUGGAUGGUCAAUGCUAAAAGAUUUUGUACUAGGCCUAGCAUCAAUCUGCAGCUGCUGUGGUGACUUAAACCUUCUGCUGGGAACACAAAGUGAGCCUUUUGCCCAUAAAGGUUCUGUUAUAAGAUGGUGAGAAUGUGCUCCUAAAAACUGGAUCAUUGUCUUGAAACUUGUCCUGGGAAAACUGUUUUCAUUCCCCAAAUCCUAAGAAACCAUUUCAUAUCAAAUGUGUUGCAGAAUAACUGAUGGGACAAACAUACAUUUGAAGUAACAUCUGGUUGACCGUUCAACUCUCGAGUUUUUUUUUUACAAGGGGCUUCAAUGGGUGAAAGGGCGAGGAACG